AGGGAACAUAACAUAAUAAAAUGAAAUUAAAAUGUACAUAUCCGAUAUAAAAAAGUAUGGGCCUUGAAAUUCAAGAAAGCCGUCUCUACUAAUAAAGAGAAGAAGGAAGAGGUGGGCGUGAAAGCAACAAUAAUCUCUGGAUUCCACAACUCCUCUCCUCCAACGGUUUCUUCUUCCAUGUUUCCUUCCACAACCAAAAAUAUUAAAAAAAAAUUAACAGCUUAAAUCAUCGUUUUGGCUAAAAGCUCCCUCUUUCCUUCCACAAUCUCGCUGAUAGCCGCCGAGAAGAUUCAACUCCCCCGAGAGUGAUAAAACCUCACUGUCUUUUUUUUAAAUAAUAUCUUUUUUUUUAAAAAAAAACGGGUGGAGGGAGUAUCAGAGGAGAUGGUGUCGCCUGAAAACAACGCUAAUUGGAUAUGCGACCUGAUCGAUGACGCAGACUACGGAAGUUUCACAAUCCAAGGUGGUCCUCCUGCUUUCUCUUGGCCUCCUCCUCUUCACCACCAACCUAUUCUCGUCUCUUCAAACUCCAGCGUGGGAGUUGAUGGCUCUGCUGGAAAUUCAGAAGCCAGCAAGGAACCUGCCUCCAGAAAGAGGGCGAGAUGUGAAUCAUCCUCUGCCACUAGCUCGAAAGCAUGUAGAGAGAAGCAGCGGCGUGAUAGGCUGAAUGACAAGUUUAUGGAACUGAGUGUAAUGUUGGAGCCUGGACAUCCUCCCAAAACAGACAAGGCUGCAAUCUUGGUCGAUGCUGUCCGUAUGGUGACACAGCUACGUGGCGAGGCACAGAAGUUGAAGGACUCCAAUUCAAGUCUUCAGGACAAAAUCAAAGAGUUAAAGACUGAGAAAAACGAGCUGAGAGAUGAGAAGCAGAGGCUGAAGACAGAGAAAGAGAAGCUGGAGCAACAGCUGAAAGCCAUGAAUGCUCCUCCUCAACCAAGCUUUUUCCCUGCCCCACCUAUGAUGCCAACUGCUUUUGCGCAAGGCCAAGCUCCUGGAAACAAGAUGGUGCCAAUCAUCAGUUACCCUGGAGUUGCCAUGUGGCAGUUCAUGCCUCCUGCUUCAGUCGAUACUUCUCAGGAUCAUGUCCUUCGUCCUCCAGUUGCUUAAACUGGGAUUAGAAAGAAACCUCAAGAAAAAAAUCUUCAACUGGUUUGCUUCUUACUUUUGAUGAAAAAAGAAAAGAAAAGUCCAUUUGUUUUGCUAUCCUUGUGUAACUGUUAUUGUGUUGAACAAUGAUAUUAACAUUGUAAACUCCAAUUGCUUAUGUAAUCUAUUCACAUGUAAAUUGAAGUAGAGUUUGGCAGAUCGUCUCUCACACUAUGGGUUCUUAC